CUGUGUCUAGUUUGUUUUGCUAAUAACUUUUUGAAUUUUGAAAUGUUAAAUUUUUCGUCAUUAGCUGAAAAUCCAUAUGUCUGCAUUACCGUACGGCACGCACUUUGAUGAUGUUAUGGUUAUAAUAGGCUUCGGUAAGGGGCAUUUGCAACUUUUGGUCACUUGUGGACUGCUGUUAAUGUUCACAAUUACCGAAACAAUGGGUAUGGCUAUCAUAGCACCAAAGAGCGCGUGCGAAUUCGCUAGUUCGGAGCAAGCAAAAGCGGCUAUACAGGCGGCCGCAUAUAUCGGCAUGAUCUUCUCGUCCUAUAUAUGGGGUUAUUUCUGCGACAAAAUCGGAAGGCGAACGGUGCUUGUGCGCAGUACUGCAAUGGCCAUCGUUUGCUCGUUUUCGUCCAUGUUAAUCACAAACUUUUGGGUUUUUCUCACGCUACGCUUUAUGACUGGCAUUUGUGUGGCUGGCCCUGGUUUCGCGGCGCUUACAUAUCUUGGGGAAUUUUGUACACCAAGAAAUCGUGCUUCUAUCAUUAACUAUAUGUGCAUGUUCAAUGGCGUUGCUAUGGUCUAUUGUCCAGGACUUUCCCAGUUAAUGGUGAAUUGGAAAUUGUACAUACCCAUAAUAGGUAAUUUGAUAAUACGCUCUUGGCGCGUACUUGGAUUGCUAUUCUCAGUACCUGGAUGGAUUAGUUUCUUAUUGCUUUUGCGACUACCAGAAAGUCCGAAAUUUCUGCUGUUGGUUAAUAAAAACGAAGAAUGCUCAGAAGUGUUAAAUUGGUUGUGUCUGCUUAACAAUGGAAAGACUUUAGAGGACUUUGGAAUUGACAAUAUGAAACCAUUGUUAAAAUCUGGAAUGACCCCAGCACCAAAUUUGUUUCGGGCAAUGGCCAAGGAGGUUGUACCAUUAUUCCGACAUCCUUAUGUGAAACGAUUCUUGCUCAGCUGCGUUGUUAUGUUCGGAUUGUUGCUCGUUGCCAAUGGUGUUGCAAUCUGGUUCACGGACAUAAGAAACCAUACUCUCACCUGGGAACAAGAGCAUAAAAAUAAGAGCCACGAAAUGGAAUUUUCGAUUUGCGAGGCGAUAAGCCAUAAUAAGAAAGUAGCCAAAGAGACAAUGGUAUGUAGCGACGAAAUUUUGUCUUUUUGGGAUUCCAUUUUUUUGGGUGUUUCAUAUCUAAUUGAAUAUCUUUUCUUUGGUCUAAUGUUGUUGGCCGUUCCGAGAAAGCCCAUAUUUUGCAUUGCACUGAUGAUAUCUGGAAUCAGCGGCAUUUGCCUCCCGUUUGUGUCCAGUUUGAAGAUAAUACCUCCCACCUUUAUCCUCUUCCUUUCGAUACCGGCAGUUAUGACUAAUUUGAUGAACAGCGCGGUACUGGAAUUCAUACCUACUUUUGUAAGAGGUAAAGCGGUUUGCAUUUGUUUGAUAUUUGGCCGCUUUGGCGCAGUUUUUGGCACAACCAUUAUGGCUCAACUGAUUGAGAGCUUUUGCUUUGAAGCCUUCAUGCUGUUCUCGUGUUUUCCAUUCGUUUGUGCGUUAUGCGGAUACUUUCUAAGUGAAGAUUUCAGAAGUCCUUUCAUAGAAAUGGCGCCACAUAACAAUUUCAGUGACACAAAAUUAGCCAUUGAACCGAAUUCUCACGAAAACGCUUCGUCCAGCGUGGAAAAUAUCGAAAACUCAACAAGUACGCGAAAUGCCAAGGAAAUUAAUGGGUCUAACGCCUCGCAGGACACACAACCCCCGCAGCAUGACUACGACACUGUGCUUGAUAUGAUAGGAUAUGGCCGCACGCAAUGGCUACUGCUGAUCACCUGCGGCUUGCUCUUGAUGAUGGUCAUCAACGAGACAAUGGGCAUGAGCAUUGUAACGCUUGCCUCUCAAUGCGAUUUCGCUACAACAUCAGUGGAUAAGGCUAUCUUGAGCGCAGCUUCAUUUGUGGGUAUAGCGUUGUUUUCAUACGUUUGGGGCUAUCUAAGUGACAUCACAGGACGUCGGCGUAUAUUGCUCUAUGCAACUUUCGGCGGAUGUUUGUGCUCGCUGAUAUCGAUGUUCAUGCCCAGCUUUUGGUAUUUCGUAUUCAUGCGCUUCGUGGUGGGCUGUUUCAUUGCUGGACCUUCCUCCACGACAUAUGCAUUUUUGGGUGAAUUUCAUGCGCGACGGCACAAUGCCCUGGCUAUGAACUAUGCUAGUUUGUUUGUGGGCGUAGGGAUGACAUAUGUGCCUGCAAUCGCUUGGUUGGUGCUCUCCAUGGAUUGGUCACUUCAGUUGAGCGAUAGCUUUGCGUUUCGUCCGUGGCGGCUUAUGAUGAUCGUCAAUCUGUUGCCGGGUCUAAUAGCUGCUUGCAUAUUAUUAAUACUACCGGAAAGUCCUAAGCUGCUUUUAUCAUUGCGGAAAAAUGAAGAAGCUUUAGCUGCAGCAAAUUGGAUUUGUGAAUGUAACACUGGCAAAGAUUUGAAGCAGUUGGGCGUUAAGAAACUGAAGCCCGAAAGAACAAUGGCCGAUAAGGUGCACAUUACGAGCAAGUCGUGCUUUCAGACUGUUAAGCACAUCUGGCAGGAGACGCGCCCAUUAGUACAUCGCCCAUACGCUCUAAAUUUUUUGAUUAGCUGCGUCACUAUGUGCGGCCUAUUUUUCAGUUCUAGUGGCAUGGGUCUAUGGUUUCCAGAAAUUCAAAAUAGACUUAGCAUGACUACAGCUGAAGAUCAUGAAACAAUUUGUCAAAUUAUUGGUGACACAUUCAAUGAUAGAAAUGAUCUCACAAAUACCACGAAGGUAUGCAUCGAUGAGAUCAGCGAUAAAAGCUAUAUUGACUCGAUUUCCAUGGGCCUGUGCUAUGUGGUGGGCUACAUUCUGAUAGGCGGCGUCAUAAAAUUAUUUGGACGCAAAGCAACAAUUAUUGGAUCUUUGCUCCUUAGCGCGGUCUGCUGUGUCACGCUGUUUUGGCUGCUCAACCCGACUGCUAUCGUUGUAUCGUUUAUUGUGUUCCUCACAAUGCCAGGCCUGUGUAUAUCCAUGCUGGGCAGUGGUGUGGUGGAACUAGUGCCCACCCAUUUGCGUGGCAAAGCAGUUUGCAUUUGCUUAUUGCUCGGCCGAACGGGCAGCAUUUUCGGCAGCAACCUUAUCGGUGUACUGCUGGAGUCCAAUUGUCAUUUGACAUUUGGCCUUUUCACUGGCUGCGUUUUGGUUUGCAUGCUGCUUACAAUGACCCUGCCCAUUUGAGCGCGCUAAACACUUUAAGCGAUUGCCUAUUAAAGCCAGUGAUGUGGGCGUAGCUGCUUACACCGUAUCUCUGAUGCAUUCUGAUCUAGUAGUGAAUUUUUUUAGGAAAAUUGUUACUUAGUCGCUUAGUAAUUUAAUGUCACCUUGUUAUUUGCAUUGCUUAAUUGUAAUGUGUUGUAACAGCAUUUAAUCGAUAAGUUGUUGAAUUUAUUUUGCACAGCUGCCCUUAUGUAAAUAUUUUGAACUCAACACGCCUUUCUUGUGUGCCUUGUAGGAAAAUGUUGCAUGCAGCUGUUUUGGCAACAUUUUUUAACUAAAGUAGUCUUACUGGUUUUCGUUUAUAGCUUUAUGCCAGUAGGUAUAUCAUAUACUAUAUUAUUACUUGUUUUUUUACAAAUCAACUAUAUUCACAUACUCAUUGUUGUAGUAGAAUGUGUAAGUGUUUCAAGCUAAAACAAAGUUUUAUUAAAUUUAAA